AUGUCCGUAGGGACAGCGGCGUGUCCCUGUGCUGUGGCUCUGUACGGGUAUCAGCAUGCGCCGACCGAGGCACUGACGGAGUUGUACUACUGCGAAGAGUGCUGUUCACUACGGUGCAACGACUGUAUUGCAUGGGAGGUGAGCUGCACCUACUGCCCACACUGCCUCUUCGAGGUGCCCAACACCAGUGUACGUGCUCAAAAGGCGCGGUGUUCACGCACCUGCUUCGAGUGUCCCGUGUGCAUGCACGUUCUCUCGAUCGUAGGCUCAGAUCCGCCGCGACGUGACCUGCCACUCACGGCGCCUGAAGCGAGUAUGGGUGUUGAGCCCUUCUACCUAAGCUGUGCGUGCUGCCGCUGGGACUCGAAGCGGCUCGGAUUGGUCGCCGAGAAACCCAACGAGCUGGGCUCCGUGCUCGAUGCGAUGGAGCGCAGUGCAUGGCCUACUGAGACAUGGGAGCACCUCGUCGAGCACAUGCUCGAGCGACGACCGCCACCGCCGCCCCCCAUGUCGCGCUCGCUAGCGAAGCAUAUUGCGCGUGUAGAGCGAAGCUCGGGACUUGUGCGGCACGAUAUGGCGCGUGUGUCGACGCUUGCCCAGAGAUGGACCAUGCAGCCAUGCGAGCAGUCUUACGCCGUGUCGGCUCUGCGUCCGCGGCGCGUGGCGCUCCUGUGCAAGUACAGCAAGCGGUGUGCGACGUGUCGGCACAUUUUGGUGCGUCCCGAGCCGCGUUCGAGCGCUUUCAAGAUCAAGUUGCUAGCCAGCCAUUUCCUACCACAGUGCGUCGUGUUCCGCGGCGCACAUGGUCUAUGGACACUGGUUCUAACUAACCCCUUAAUGGACGCAAUGGAUGUGACUCUGCGGUGCGUCGCUGGCGACGUAUCCGCCCAGCAUAUCCAGGUACCAGCUCAUGUCGACGUAUUGGACAUGGACGAGGACAGCGGCGCCCCUGGUAGCGACUGGGACGCAUUUCAGCAUGGCACGAAGACGCACCGCAAUCAUGCCUACCUCAGUGUCCGUGUACAUCCCUCAACGUCUGUGCUUGUCUUGCAAAUACAAUGGCAGAGCGCGGCGUACCGACCACAUACCUUCUGGACGCAUAUACCUCUAUCGUAG